AUGUCGGACUCCCAAAACCUCCUUGUCUGCGUUACCUGCGGCACCCAGUACGGAAUCCCAUUUGAAGAGCGCCCACCCACCUGCCGCAUGUGCGAUGAGCCCCGUCAAUUCGUCCCUCCAUCUGGUCAAUCAUGGACCACGCUUGCCAAGAUGCAGGGUGUCUACAAGAACGAAAUCAAGCAAGACGACAAGCAGCCGCGCGUCUGGUCCAUCUUCUCCAGCCCGCAGUUUGCCAUUGGCCAGCGUGCUCUUCUGAUUGAGACGGAUCACGGCAACAUUCUCUGGGACUGCAUCUCUUUUCUCGAUCAGCCAACCAUUGACUUUAUCAAGUCCCGCGGCGGGCUCAAGGCGAUUGCCAUCUCACACCCACACUUUUACAGCACGCAUCUCACCUGGGCAGAGGCGUUUGACUGUCCUGUGUACCUUGCCGCUGAGGACCAGGAGUGGCUUAACAGAGAGGAUAAGCAGGGCCGCCGAGUCUUUUACGACGGCGAGACUGUUGAGAUUUUGCCUGGCGCUACCAUGGUGAAGCUGGGCGGACACUUUCCUGGUAGCUCGUCUCUUCACUGGAAUGGAAACCUGUUUGUCGGAGAUUCCAUUGGUAUUUCACAGUCUGGCCUUGUUCGCAGCCACCACAACGAAAUGCACCAGACAUUCUUCUUCCACUACGCAUUCCCCAACUUCAUCCCUCUCGGCCCGACUGCCAUGCUGCAGAUGUGGAAUCGCCUCAAGCCGUGGGAAUUCACGACGCUCUUUUCCCUGUUCUACGUCACCACAGUUAGAGACCCCGAGGUCAAGAGCAUUCUUCUCGAGUGCAUGAAGCGCCAGGCACGCUUCCAGGAGAACUUUGGUCAUCCUCUCCUAUCUGCAGAGUAG